AUGGACUGCUUAAAGGAAAAGUUUGUCGAGGGUCAGCUCCUCGAUGGACGCUUCCGCACAGUCGCCCCUUUGAACCAUGGAUCUUUUGGGAUGGUAUUUCUGGCCAAGGACACCAUGACCGACCAGGAUGUCGCAAUUAAAUGCUUGUCCAAGCCAACUUCAUCCGAGGCCCCCAUUCCUGUGACCAUCGAUGAACGAUCGGAAGAAUUGAAUUGCCAUGCUCGCUUGGCUUACCACCCAAACAUCGUCAACCUAAUCCAUUCCUUCGAGACUAGUUCGCAUUUUUAUCUUGUCUUGGAGUACUGUUCAAUGGGUGAUCUGUAUGAGGCUAUCCGAGGUAACCGUGGUCCUCUCGAAACGGAGCAUGUGCGUGACUUUAUGCUCCAGCUCAUUGAUGCCGUUGAUUUUAUGCACUCCAAUGGACUCUACCAUCGUGACAUCAAACCAGAGAACAUCUUUCUCGCCCACGAUGGAUCAAUGAAACUCGGGGAUUUUGGUUUGGCAACACGACUAGAAUGGUGUCACGAGGCUUGUGUUGGUAGUGACCGUUACAUGGCUCCCGAACAAUAUGAGCCGCCUCAAGCAGGCUAUUCACCUGCUAGAGCCGAUGUUUGGUCCAUUGGAAUUUGCCUCCUCAAUAUCCUCUUUGCCCGGAAUCCUUUUGUCACACCAACUGAGUCCGACAUUUUGUUUGCUGACUACGUACGUGAUCGUCAGUCCCUAUUCGACAUCUUCCCAAACAUGUCUCAGGAUACCUUUGAGAUCUUGCGUCAUUCUUUGGCUAUUGACCCUGAGAAACGCACUCUAUCUGGCAUGCGUGAUGCUAUUGUACGCACCGUUAGCUUCACCACUGACGACGAGUCUCUCGACGAAUUCUGUACCGAAGAUCGUAAUGUGGUACCCGCUAGUGCCAACCGCGAGCCUCUGCGUACCCCGUCAAUCCAGUCUCCUUAUGUUAACUCAGGCGAUUCUUUCCCUUGGGCAAAAGCACUCCAGACGAGCCCACCCCAGCCAAUUCGCCAGCUCUCCGCCAUUCCAGAUACCGAAUACUACUCGGAGGAUUUGUUUCCUCCCUCGGAGACUGCUGGUACUUCGUGGUAUUCCGUACAACCAGACUCCCCAUCCAUUGCUUCGGUUCUCGAUUCUGCUAUGGGUGCAUCUUACCAAUCUGUGACUGCUCGUCAAAACCGCCAACUCCACUCACAGCCUCUUACGGUCCGUCCCGUAACCAACUCUCUGCCUAGUCACGCUAUCAAGCCUUUGUCCGCCAUGUCCAUGGUGUUUGGCAACAACAAGGGCGACCAAUUCUCAAAAAGCUGGAGCGAUCUCUGGGACGAAGAAUGGGAAAUGGAAGAUGCCUCCUUGAUACAGCGCCGAGAGAACAAUGCUCGUAGCUGGAGCCAAGAUAGUAAGGAGAUUGAAAGCCCUGUGCAACCUGCGGGCCUUUUUGAACCGGAAACGUCUUCUUUCCUCAACUCUCGCUCUACGGUCUCUCGUCGUGGUUCAGAUUCUUCAGCCUCGCUUCCUUUCACAUCCAAACAAGACGAUUCCAACAAGUCCACCCCUACCCCUCACUCCCAUAACCGGAGCCCCUGCAACGUAACGGGCCGGUCGAACAUUGACAAGUGGGCUGCUCUGGGUGACCGUCGCCGGAAGUAUCAACCGCGGGAAGAAUCACCUACUCUGAAGAAGCAGCGCUCCAUGAACCUCAGCUGGAGACGUGAUUCUGGUCCCUCCCGAUCCCCUCAACGGAGGAACCCUUUCUUGGACAAGGAAUGGCGACGAAAUGGAGAUGAUAUCAAGGCGAAGCCCAACAUCGACUAUCAUGGAAGCCUGGAUGAGGACCUCGAUCUCGUUGGAGGAUGGCACGACCUACAUUUGUAG